UCCCAUACAACUCACUCUACAUACCAAAACAUCAUCAUAUCCUCUACCUGACCAGCAACGAAUCCCGACCUGGUGUCGCACUAACGAAACGUAUGAUCAAAUUUGUAUAAUGCCUUCAGAUCGACGAGAAAGGUCAGGCUCGGCAGGAUCAGCCAAAAGUGCUGCUUCUAGAGCCAGUUCAUCUAUGGGCAGAGAUGGAGGAGAAGCAGGAAGAAGGAUGGCAGCAGAAGAUGAAUUGAUCAGACGUGAAUUACAAGACCAAACAACAUUUUGCAAUUCAUUCUGGGGUUCACAAGAUGCAGGUUAUCCCAUCAUGCAAGCAAGAAUGAAAAACUCAGCAAGGAUUGUGGAUGACGUUCGUGCGAUGUAUAAAGAAAGAGCGGAAAUCGAAGCAGAAUAUGCAAAACGAUUAGCAAAGCUGUCAAAACAACAAUUCGGUAGGGAUGAAACAGGUUCGAUGAAACACGCUUUAGAGAUCGUUCGUGGUGAAAUUGAACAAACGGCAAAAACACAUGCAGAUCUAAGCAACGUGUUUAAGAAAGACUUGGAAGGUCAAUUAGGCGAAUUUCAAAACAGAAUACAAUCGCAACGGAAAGGUCCUUUGACCAAUAUCGAAAAGUUGUACAAACAAAAAAUAACGCAAGAAUCUUAUGUGAACAAAUCUAGGGACAAAUACGAACAAGAUUGCAUUCGUAUCAAUGGAUACACUGCACAAAGUAGUUUGGUCCAGGGACGUGAUCUAGAAAAGGUGACCACCAAACUUGACAAAGCACAGUCUACCGUCAACGGAAACGAUAAAGAUUACCAAAACUUUGUUCGCGCUUUGAAGGAUACAACUUUACGAUGGAAUUCCGAAUGGAAGUCUUAUUUGGAUCAAUGUCAAGAUCUGGAAGAAGAACGGUUGGAAUUUUUAAAGAGUAAUCUAUGGAACUAUGCAAAUGCAAUUUCUGCUGUAUGCGUCGCAGAUGAUCAAUCAUGCGAACGGGUAAGAGUAUCUUUGGAGGCAUGCGAAGCACCUCGAGAUAUUAUGGAUUUCAUUCAUCGUGCAGGCACAGGAGCAGCAAUUCCAGAUCCGCCAGAGUAUAUCAACUAUGGACGCGGUCAGCCACCACCAGCUCGUCCAACAUACAAAACAGCAAACUUUCAUCGAAGCAGCACACGUCCUUCCACGUUUAUUGCACCAACAGCACCUCCAAUCAAUCCGGCUGCUGCUAAUGCACCACCUCCAUCAGAAUCACGUAGAGACAGUUUUGGCAGGGGAGGUGGACCGCCGGGGGACGUAAGUGGUUUGGCAAGCGAAUUCUCUCGGCAGACGAUCUCUGGCGAUCAAGAAAAUGAAAAUGUGAACAGCAGCCGAGCUCCUCCUGGUGGGGUUGCACUUCCCGGUAUGAUUAAUUCUGCGUCCACUUUGGCUGGAGAUGGAUUUGGUGGAGGCGAGUCUCUUUUGCGAAGUGAAAAUAGCAAUCGUAGAAUAUCAGCCAAGAAAUUCUUGGAGAGGACGCCCUCGAGAAGUCAGACCGGUAUGUCAAAAAGUGGCACCAAUGGUCCAGCGGGAAUGCAGUCUGCUCAAUCUACAUAUUCCAAUGCUCAACAAAGUGACGCUCUAUCAAACUCCGAUACUACAGGAACGAUGGGAACAACGAUCAUCAAGCCUGCUCUACCACCUGCCAGUGUUGAUACUCUAAGUGGAAAUUCUGAACCCAACAAUGAUGAUCCCAUUGCUCGUGCUCUUGCUGAUCUGCGCAACAAACCCAGUCGAAGCCCAGCGCCUCAACAAGGCCGAGGACCUACCCCUUCGGGCAGACCUGGUGCAGGUGGUGCGAUGCACUCCUUUGGCUCUGUUGGACGGCAAACAGGAGGCGAAAUGGCCACAUCACCAGGUGCAUAUUCAAGUCCAUCUAAUCAUGGUGAGAAUCGUGCUAGAUCGCCAUCCGCAGCAUUCAUGCAAGGACCUGAGCGUGCUGUUUCCCCUCAACCAGAUGAGGAAAUCGUAGGCAGAUAUGGACAAUCGUUCCCAGGUGAACGUCGAACCCUUUCACGUCAGAAUUCAAACGCUUCUCGUCAUAGUCGCUUGAGCAUGCAAGCGCCGCCUCCUGGUCAACAACAAGCUCCAGGAAGGGCACGCAGCCCAGGACCGAUGGGUGAUACUUCAGGCUUCGCAGGCGUUGGAGCACGGGGUAGAAGUCCAAGUCCACAACCUUUCCAACAACAGCCUGGACGAUCACCGCAGCGUCAAUCUGUUCAAGCACCGGCAAGCCAACAAAGUCAGUAUCAACAAAGACAAGCAGGCUCCAUACCACAAAGCAGGCCAGGCCAACCGAAAUCCAACUCGUUCAAUACACCACAACGUUCUACAACACCUUUGGGUAUUUCUUUGGAUGCAAGUGGAUCUGUGACGCACGAUCAAAUGGCAGAUGACUUUAUUAAACGGACAGGUUCUGUUGGACCGCAACAAGGACAUACGAUGACACCACAGCAAUUGCCGCCUCAGCAAGUUUCUGGUUUGCCUCACCAUAUGCAACAUCAAGCAUCUUUCAAUAGCGGUCAUCCAUCACAACAAUCACCUUUUGGAGCACAACACGGAUCACAGUACUCUGCCGUGUCAAGUCAGCAAUCCACACCGAUUCGACAAGGACCGCAAUUUGGAGCACAAAGUGGUUAUGCACAAACUCCUACUCACGGUACACCAGGCGCGCCUGCCGGUUACCAGCAAACUCCACCUCCUCAACAAGCUCGUCAAGAUACGAUGAAUUCUUUGGGCAGACAAACAGGAGCACCAUUUGCUGCAGGCGGAGCAUCGGCAGGCUAUCAAUCUCCCUCGCCAUAUAACCAACGUCCAGCAUCUGCUACUGCACCUCCAGUGAAUGCGCAGGUCAGUACACCAGGACAUUCAUACGCGCAACCACAACCGCCGCAGCCACAGCAGCCACAGCCAAUGUAUGGUCAACAGCCACCUGCACCACAAGAAACAGCUGCUAGUGCAUAUAUGCAUCAAUAUCAACAACAAUCCUACCAGCCACAGCCCCAGCCACCGAUGCAAGCUCAACAGCAUCCAUCAAUGGCAGGAGGACCGCAGCAAGCACAGUAUGGUCAAUGGAAUGCGCCUUCCAAUGCACAGCCUACUCCAACUAAUGGUGCUUAUCCGAACAAUCAAGUUCAUCAGCCUAUUGCUCAAACCCCAACAGCACCUGCACCGAAUGCCAAUCAGCCUCCUCCGACAGGACAAUAUUCCAAUGAAGGUAAACCAAUUUUGUUCUAUGUAAAGGCUUUAUAUGAUUAUGAAGCCCAAUUGCAAGAAGAAUUCAGCUUUACAGGAGGGGAUGUGAUUGCUGUUUGGGAGACCAAUGCAGACGGAUGGUGGCAAGGGGAGCUAUUGGAUGAUGCUAGAAGACGGCCAGGAUCGAAUACAUUCCCAAGUAAUUUUGUAUCUUUGCUGAACUGAUUGCAUGUAUAUAAAUGUGUUAUAUAUCAAUGUUUUCGUAUUUUGUUCUCUUGAAUGUAUGGUACAUGUAUG